AUGAUCCGCUUCAUUCUCGUCCAAAACCGUCAAGGCAAGACGCGCCUCUCCAAAUUCUACGUCCCCUACGAUGACGAAGAAAAGAUCCGGAUGCGAGGAGAGGUGCAUCGUCUUAUUGCGCCAAGGGACCAGAAGUACCAGAGCAACUUCGUCGAGUUUCGGAACUACAAGCUGGUGUACCGACGCUAUGCCGGCCUCUUCUUCUGCGUUUGCGUCGACGCCAAUGAUAACGAGCUGGCCUAUCUCGAAGCGAUACACCUCUUCGUCGAGGUACUAGACGCAUUCUUCGGCAACGUCUGCGAGCUCGAUCUGGUGUUCAACUUUUACAAGGUCUACGCCAUCCUCGACGAGGUCUUCUUGGCAGGCGAGAUCGAGGAGACGUCCAAACACGUCGUUCUGGCGCGGUUGGAUCAACUCGAAAAGCUCGAUUGA